AUGGCCGUCCACUCACCCUUCUACCCAGUCAAGCUCGAGGACACCCCGUCCCCCCAUCUCUCCCCAACCCCGCCCCACUUCCACUUCAAGUUCCACCAUCCCCACUGGCUCGCCCACAACAUACACAACAUCCACCCACACAUGUCCUACAGCGACGACUACGACGACCUCAAUGACCUCCCCACCGGCGUCGGUGGAUACCCACAGUCGGCGGCCUCCGCAGCAGAGCGCCAGAUCCGCCGUCGCAGCUCAAAGGCCUGCGACCAGUGCCGCAAGUCAAAGUGCAAGUGCGAACGCGGUGGGCCCAACGAGGCCUGCAAGAGCUGUCUCAUGCUUGGGACAGCCUGCACUUUCCUGGGCCCGUCCCGGAAGCGCGGCCCGCCAAAAGGGUACAUUGACGCCAUCGAGGCUCGUCUCCACCAGACAGAGGCCCUGCUCGGUAUCAUGCUCGCGACCAACGACAACCGCGCCCAGUCGCUUCUGCGCGACAUCGGAAAGGACCCGCUAGCGAAGGAGAUCAUCACACGCGUCGACAACUCGCCGUAUGGCGUCAAAGGCAGGAAGCGGGAGGACAUCGCACUCAGCGUGGGUGGGAACAAGCUCAGGUCCGGCUCGCAGCCCCCAAACCUGUCCGGCCAGGCGAAGACCGACCCCGCGACCCCCCUCGAUCUCACUUCCACACACCCGUCGAACGAAUGGCAGGAUACCGUGUCAGCUAUGCUCAACGCGGCGGCCGGGAGUGCAGGUGCCCCAGGCGUCGCAUCGUCGUCGAGCCCCAACGAGCGCCUCUACAGCCCCGCGCACUCGAGCAGCGACGGCAACGUCUCGCCAGGGGGUAGGCGCACACGACGCCGCCUGGGCAACGAGGACUACACGAUGUCCGGGUGCGCCAACUCGGCGCCGGGGUCUGCCGUCUCCCUCCUCGAGACUGGCACCACUGCUGCGCGGACAACGAAUGGGGGUUCGGCUGCUGCUAAUAGAGGCAGGAGAGCCGAGGGAGAGCCGGGUGAUAGGAGAAGCGAGAGCGUAGAUCGGGAGAGUGUGAGUUUGUCGGAGGAGGAGGAGGAGGAGAUCACGGGCGCUGUGGGCCAGCUCAGUCUGAACGAGGACGAGCAGGUGCGCUACCAUGGCAAGGCAAGUGGGCUCCAUUUGCUGGGCAAUAAGGAGAGGGUGGAUCAUAGGAACGAAGGCGGCAUUUGGCGGUUCCCAAAAGCGCGUGUAUGGCCACCUCUUCCCUCUGGGUCCAAGACGAUGCAUGGCGAAGACGAAUUUGUGUCGCAAUUACCUGCAAAACCGGUCCAGGAACGCCUACUGGAUCUGUACUUCACCUACGUCCAUCCAAUAUUCCCUAUACUCCACAAGCAAUCCUUCUUCGAGGCCUACAAGGCUGGAACCCAACCCGACUCACCCCAAUCCCCUACCGGCCCCAACGCCCUGCACACCUCUCCCUUCAACCGGCGCGCACGGGGCGUCCCCUCCCUCCUCCUCUUCGCCAUGUUCGCCCUCGCCUCGCGGUACGACCCCUCGACCUACCCCUAUCCCCCGGACCCCUCCAUGAUGUGGGGCGCAGGCGACGAGUACCUCGACCGCGCCAAGGUCAUCCUCGACUCGACUUACUCUUCCUCGCGCUCGCCCACCGUCCAGGCCCUUCUCCUGAUGGGCUACAGGGAGAUUGGGAUUGGCGCGAUGGCGCAGGCGUGGACGUACAUUGGCAUGGGGAUCCGGAUGGCCCAGGAUUUGGGCAUGCACCGCAGUGCGGAUGGGUGGGAGCGGGUGGGUCUUGGUGGACGGUUGUUUGGUGAGGCGGAGUUGAAGGAGAGGAAGAGGGUGUGGUUUGGGUGUGUGAUUAUGGAUAAGUAUGUGUCGACGUAUAUUGGUCGCCCGCUCAUGAUAUACGAACGCGACUUUGAUACGACGCUACCGCGGGAGGACGACUCGGAGGAACUUGAAGAGUGGUCCGUCGAGACGCCUCUAGGCAAGCCUUCAACACCCCUCCCUGGCAGGGUUAUCUCGUGCUUCAACGCCUCUGCGACCCUCUCCGGCAUCCUAUCCAAGAUCGUCCAAUCCAUCUACGCCGUGCGGCUGACGACGAGCCGACACGCCGAGGCGGUGGCGCUCGAGUCGCUGCUGGACAAAUGGUACAUCGACCUGCCCGACCACCUGCGCUACGACCCCGCCUCGGCGGCAUCACCGCGGACCUCGAAGGCACCGACGCCGCUCCCGAAUGUGUUGACGCUGCACAUGCAGUAUUGGUGUGCAGUUGUGUUGCUUCAUCGGCCUUUCAUAAGACAUGCGCUGCAGGUCAAGAAGUGUCAGCAGCCGGAGGACCCGACCCAAGUGGUGGACGAGCAUGAGGCAGAGGUGAGGUCGAUAUCGGAGAGGAGCUACGAGCUAUGCAACGCGGCUGCGAAUCAUAUCACUUCGAUUGUGUCGCUGUACCAGGAGAAGUACCUCCUCGACAAGUGCUCGGUGUUCCUCUGCUACUACGUGUUCACGGCUAGUAUCAUGCACGAUACAACACUCAACGUACACCCCAACGACCCUCAAGCCCGCCUGGGCCUCCAAAGGUGCCUCAACGCCCUCCGCGUCAUGAGGACCGUCUGGCCCGCCGCUGCCCGUGCACUCGAGCUGUUCGGCGGCGCCAAGGAUGAAGCUGGUGCACGACCAACGAACAGCAGCACAGAAUUCCUUACUCUCACUCACCCGUUGGCAAACACGAAGACGGCUGAUAGGAUCGCCAACAAACGCGCGGCGGAACAUUCGUUGGAUGAUACGUUCAGCGCGACGCACCCGCACCCCCCGAUGGACGGCACCACCCCGAGCCAGAGCCAGUUUGAGUUCGUGCCGUCGACCAUGAGGCAUGGUGCUUCGGCUCCAUCGCAGCAGCAGCAGCUCCAUGCCCAGCAGCCAAGGCAGCAACACCAUUUCUCGCAGGAGCCGGAAGGUGUCUUUACGGGUGACGGCGGUUUCAUGCCUGCUCCACCUGUCGCACCGGCGUCGGUGGCCCUCGCGAACAACCCGGCGUACUGGCCAAACAGCGACCUUGGGACGAGCUUUAACGCCCCGCUCUCGACGGCGGUGCUACCCCAGCUGUAUAGCACUGGGCUUGUGGACGAUGUCAGCGUAGGUGGGCACGGCCAUGGACACCACCACCAGUCGCACUCGAGGGAGUACGGCCAAGCUCCCCCACCCCAUCAUGGGCACUCCCACUCCCAUUCAAGGGAGUAUGCACAUCUCGACCACCCGGCGCACUCGCAGGCGGCACUGUCGUCGGCAAGGGGUGGUCCUGGUGGUGGCGGAAGGUAUGCACCUCCACCGCAGUAUUUCGAUUAUUCGAGUUAUGGACAGGCGGCGGCGGCGGGGUUUGAUAUGCAGGAGGGCCUGCCCCCGCAUUCGCAGCCCCAUCCGCAUCAGCAGCAGCAGCACCAGUCGCAGAUGUACUCAAUGGCAGAUCAGUAUGGGCUUUAUGGUAAUCAAACAUAUAACAAUCGGUGA